ACAGAUAAUUUGUCCAGCUGGGAAAAUGAUGACUGGGGAUCGUGGGAGGAAAGUGAAAAUAAACCUCCGGCAGAAGAGGGGGUCCCCAGCAAAGCCCCCUCCAUCUAUUGGUUGCAGGACUGCGUCUUGUCCUUAUCACCCACCAAUGACCUCAUGGUGAUCGCCCAUGAUCAGAAAGCAGUGUUCUUAGCACCUAAGUGGAAAGCUGAUGGGAAGGGAAAAGAAGAAAUGCAGUAUGAAGUGGUCUGGAGCGGCUCUCUGAAUGCUGAAGAUAGUGAGUUUAUCAGCAGUGCACUAUGCAUCCCACUUGCAAGCCAAAAAAGGAGCUCUACCGGGAGGCCGGAUUGGACUUGCAUAGUUGUAGGCUUCACAUCUGGCUAUGUACGGUUCUAUACUGAGACUGGAGUGUUGCUUCUCGCCCAGCUUUUGAACGAAGACCCGAUCCUACAGCUAAAAUGCAGAACUUACGAAAUACCCAGGCACCUGGGAGUGACUGAGCAGCAUGAAGAAAUGACCAUCCUAUACCCGUCCGCUCUCGUAACAAUUGAUGGCUUCAGCCUUUUCCAGUCUCUCAGGGCUUGCCGCAAUCAAGUAGCCAGAGCUGCUGCUUCUGGCAAUGAAAACGUCCAGCCACCUCCACUGGCUUACAAGAAGUGGGGCCUUCAGGAUGUAGACAAAAUUGUUGAUCAUGGCAGCGUGGGUGUUAUGGCUCUCUCUCCAUUUGACCAGAUGAAAACUGCCUCCGUUUUGGGAGGCUUUAAUGCCUCUAUAAAGAGCAGCCCCCCUACCAUGUCUCAGUAUAUUACUGUGGGCUCCAAUCCAUUCACAGGAUUCUUUUUUGCCCUGGAGGGCAGUACACAGCCAUUAUUGUCUCACGUGGCUCUUGCUGUUGCUAGCAAGCUCACCUCAGCCCUCUUCAGUGCUGCCAGUGGUUGGCUGGGCUGGAAGAGCAAACAUGAAGAAGAGCCACAGCAAAAACAGAAGCCUAAAGUGGAACCUGCAACCCCCCUUGCUGUCAGGUUCGGGCUCCCUGACUCCCGUCGCCAUGGAGAGAGUAUCAGCCUUUCCCCGUGUAACACGCUAGCUGCAGUGACCGAUGACUUUGGGAGGGUCAUUCUUCUGGAUGUGGGAAGAGGAGUGGCCAUUCGAAUGUGGAAGGGCUAUCGAGACGCUCAGGUUGGAUGGAUGCAAAUAGUGGAGGACCUACAAGAGAGGGAAACGGAGAGAAGCCAUCAUUCUCAAUUUGGCAGUGUUCAGGGUCCAUGCCGGGUGGCCCAGUUCCUCGUCAUCUAUGCCCCUAGACGGGGAAUUCUGGAAGUGUGGAGCACGCAGCAAGGGCCCCGUGUUGGAGCGUUUAAUGUGGGCAAACACUGCAGAUUGCUAUGUCCUGGGUAUAAGAUCAUGGGUUUAAAUAACGUCACCAGUCAGGGUUGGCAGCCGCAGACGUAUCAGAUUUGUCUGAUUGAUCCAGUAUCAGGAAAUGUACGGACAGUGAACAUCCCAUUCCACCUGGCACUCAGUGAUAAAAAGUGUGAACGGGCUAAAGAUUUGCAUCUCGUAAAGAAACUCGGCUCAUUACUAAAAGCCAAAUCUAGCGAAUUGAAGCUGAAUGAAGCUGAAGCAAAGGAAGUUCUCUUAGAUAUUAAAUAUCCAGCAACUAAGAAACAGGCUUUAGAAAAUAUCCUCACCAGCAACCGCAUUCCUCUCUCCUCACUUACCAGUAUUACACAGGCUCUCAUGGAUUCUUUACAGAACCAAGAGCUGGAAUUUGUGGAUGAGAGUCUUCUGGUCUUCUGUCAGUACAAAUUAAAGCUUCUACACCUUUAUGAAUCGGUCCAGAAAAUCACUUCUGUCACCAUGGAAACUGUCUCCACUCCCUCUACUAAAGAGUUGGCCCAGUUAUUAAGACUGGAGGAAGGUGAAUUGAUAAGGCUUCAAACUAUAAUCAGAAACUACAGGCAGGAGCACACCAGGUCUGGCGUCCGCUUUGCAGAGGAUGAGGAUGGAAUGCUUCCGGUCAAGACUUUCCUGGAGUACCUGGAGUGUGAUCAAGACUUUAUUUCUGUGAAGAAGCUCAGCGAAGAGGAAUAUAUUGCUUUAGGAAGCUUCUUCUUCUGGAAGUGUCUACAUGGGGAAUGUUCAACCCAGGAAAUGUGCCAGACGCUGGAGAGUGCAGGAAUAAGCCCUCAGCUACUCCUGUCCCUGCUCCUGAAAGUCUGGCUGUCAAAAGAGAGAGAGAUGACAGAGAAACCACAAUCCCUGUGCUGCCUGCAUAGCAUGCUUUCUCUGCUGAGUAACAUGAAAGUGGCAAUUGAUGAGUCUUGGGACUUGCAGUCUGUCUCCCCCUGGUGGCAGCAGAUGCGUACUGCAUGUGUUCAGUCCUCGAGCAAUGGAGCUGCUCUUCUGUCAGCUCAUGUUGGGCAUUCAGUUGCUGCUGGCAUCACCAGUGCACUGGCUGAGAAGAAGUUUCCUAAAUCUUUGCAGGAGGAUGAUGUGGAGUCAAUGACGGAUUCUUGGGAAGCUCUGUCUCUGGAUACAGAAUACUGGAAACUCUUACUGAAGCAGCUAGAAGACUGCCUUAUCCUUCAAACACUGUUGCAAUGUAAGGGGGUGAGGAAGACGGCGAGAAUAUCCUCCCUGCAGGUGGAGCCGCUUGGGAAACCGUCUGUCAAGAAGCUGCUAGAAGGCGGGAAAGGUGGUGUUGCAGAUAGUAUGGCUAAGUGGGUGUUUAAACAAGACAUCAGUCCCGAUCUGUUGAAGGUGGCCCGGGAAAAGAGAGACUCACACAGUGUACAGGAGUCGGGAGAAGUGAGCCCAGUAGUUGCCAUCUUGGAGACUUCUGGAGAAAAUGCCAGUGAUGGGCAAGUGUUAGAAGUGCUGAGUUUGGUCUACCAGCAUUUUCCAUGUAGCCUUGAUUUAGACGUGUUACAUGCUCACUGCUGCUGGGAGUACGUGGUGCAGUGGAACAAGGAUCCAGAGGAAGCUCAGUUUCUGCUCCAGUCUGUGGACCAUUUGAAGAGAAUUGGCAAUGCACAUGUCCAGUUUGGGCUGUCUCUGAUGAUGUGGAGCACGUUCAUUAUAAAACGUUUUUCAUCAGCUGCAUAUCUCAUAGAUAAGGUUGGGAAAGCUCCAAAGGACCGUCUGUGCAGGAGGGAUGUUGGUAUGAGUGACACCUCUAUGACCGCCUUCCUGGAAAGCUGCUCUGAUCUUCUGCAAACAAUGAUGGAGGCUGAUGUCAGCAGUGAGGAGAUGUUGGCCCCGGUGCUGGAGGUAGAAGACUCCUGGAUGGCAGUGGAGGGUCCCAACUCUAUUGUUGAAUUGGCUCUGGAGCAGAAACACAUUCACUAUCCGCUGGUAGAACACCAGUAUGUGCUCUCUGCCAUCAUGUAUGCCAUCAUGAAGUUCUCACUCAAGUCUGUUAAACCUCUAUCUCUCUUUGACAGUAAGGGCAAAAAUGCCUUCUUUAAAGACCUCACUUCAAUUCAGCUACUGCCGAGUGGAGACAUGGACCCCAGCAUAGUGAGCCUCCGACAACAGUUCUUAAUGAAGGUGAUCAGUUCUGCUGUCCAGGCUCAGUUUCAGUCACAAAUUACAGUGAAAUCAGAAGACGUGAUGGCAGACGUACCGGGUGAUCCAGUGGACUGGCCAGCACUUGCCUUGGAGCUGGCAUCACAUCUUCAGGUGAAUGAAGACACCCUGAGACGGCACUACGUAUGUGAGCUCUACAACUACGGUUUUGACCAUCUGGCAGAGGAGGCUAUUCUACAAGUGCUGGAUAAGGAGGUGCUGGCAUCCCAAUUACUGGUCCUGUGUGGACAGAGACUGGCAUAUGCACUACUGCACACACAGACAAAGGAAGGAAUGGAGCUUCUGGCCAAGCUGCCACCAACCCUCUGUACCUGGAUCAAAGCAAUGGAUCCACAGGAUCUCCAGAAUACUGAUGUGCCAAUCCCUACCACGGCCAAAAUGGUAGACAAAGUUGUGGAACUUCUUCCGGAAAACAAUGGUCAAUACAGCCUUGCCCUGAACCUCAUAGAAGCUGUGGAAGCCAUGGCUGCAUUGUGA